AUGAGUAAAGCGUGGCGAAGGCCGAGGGGCGGCGGCGGCGGCCUCAGGAUGGAAGGCGCCGGACGAGGUGAGGACGAUGAAUCCAACAGCCACGGGUCUCACAAGAAGAAGCAUAAGAAACAUAAGAAAAAGCACAAGAAGAAACAUCACCGCGAGGAUGUCGGAGUGACUGCGGUAGACAUGGGUCCUGCCCUCCCGAAGCCUCAGCUGAAGCUUAAGAUCAAAUUGGGAGGCCAGAUCCUGGGGACAAAAAGCGUGCCAACCUUCACUGUCAUCCCAGAGAGGCCGCGCUCUCCCUCCCCGCUGAUGGUUGUGGAUGACGAGGACGAGCCGAUGGAGGGAGUCCCAAUUGAACAGUACCGGGCCUGGCUGGAUGAGGACAGCAACCUGGAGCCUUCGCCCCUGCCCGAGCUUGACGCGGAGAUCGGCUUCCCGGCCCGGGAGGAAGAGGAGGAGCAGCGGUGGCUGGAUGCCCUGGAGCGAGGCGAGCUGGACGACAACGGGGAGCUCAAGAAGGAGGUGGAUGAGUCCUUGCUCACAACCCGGCAGAAAGCGCUGCUGCACAAGCAACAGAGCCAGCCGCUGCUGGAGCUGCCGAUGGGCUACAAGGCCAAGGAGCUGACGGAGGAGAUGCUGGUCAAGCGGGAGGAGCGCGCCCGCAAGCGGCGCCUGCAGGCCGCCAAGAAGGCCGAGGAGAGCAAGAACCAGACCAUCGAGCGGCUCACCAAGACCAGCAAGGCCAAGGUGAAGACCCUGCGGGAGCGCAAGGCCAAGGGCGGGGCCGUCCCCACCGUCUGUUACCGCAACGCCCCUGACGCCGUCACCGUCUCCUUCCCGCCGGGGGCCGCCCUCCCUCUCCUGCACGCCGUCGCGCCCGCCCCGCCUCCGCCCACCCCCUGCGGGGUCAACGGGUGUCCCAACCUCAAGCGGUACUCCUGCUCCCGCACCGGAGUGCCCCUCUGCAGCCUGGCCUGUUACAAGAAGAACUUGUCCCUCCAGCAGGUGGCAGCCUAGAGCUCUCCUCCGAACGGGCUUGUGUGGCCAAUCCAGGUGGUGCUCUGACCCUGGGGAAGGGCUGCUGCUGUGUGCUCUCGGCGCCCAGGCAGGCCGCGGGAGACGAACGGACAGAGCCGCCCAUCUGUGAUGCGAGAGGCUCGUCGGGUGGGCCGCGUCCGUCCGACUGGGGUGGCGGAUGAGGCUUCUUAAGCCAGCGGAAGGGGUGAUGUGGCGAUGGGCGCACCAAAGGGGGUAAACGCGUCUCACGGGUGGAGCCUGCAAUUCUGGCAACUCUGCUCUCCAAAGAAGCACGUGCCGCAUCCGGGCACUUCGUUGUGGCUGCAUUCUGGAGCUUCGGGGCGCCGUCAGCGUGGUGCACAGCGAGCGUUUCGAGCGUGCCGCUGCACGGGCCACUGAUUGUGUUUGAGGUGGGGCUGUACGGAACAAGCGGCAGCAUCGAGGAUCCCUUUUGCGCCAGUCCCGCGGGCUUCCUGUUGGUUUCAGAGCUUCCCACUGCCUUUCCAGUAGCAGGUUGUCGAGUGGGAACGGGGAAGAGCCGGUGAUGCUCUCUUAAAACCAGGCCCUGCAGGUCACUGCUUUUUAAAGAAAUGUGGUUUCUUUGGCAGUAAAGGAUGCAUUGAAGAUGCUGGAGAACCGAA